AUGUCGAAUGUUUGUAAAAAUGAAGGUGAAAUUGAUAAUGUGUUGGAGGAGGAAUGUGUUGAUGGGUGUAAUAUUCUGGACAAAAGUGAGAUAAGACUUAGGGUUUUCGAUUCCUCUCAUAACAUUUCAGAAAUCUUGAAAUUUAUUCCCUUUUAUGAAAGGUUAAUGUUAAGGGUUGUGAAUUCUAAGUGGAAUCUCAGUUUUUAUUUUUCUGGUUGUUGGGAAACCCUUGAUUACCGGUUUUACGACCUGAAAAAGCACGAGUUUUACCUAAAGCAUUUGAAAAGGUUUAUAGCUUCAAUAAAGAAGCUUGAAAUUUGUAUUGACCAGAUUUCAGAUUUAAACAAUCUUUUACGUUCAAUAGAAAGUGACGAUUUGUGUUCCCAGUGUGUGGACCUCAGAGACGAUUGUAAAUUAGAUAAAAUAUCCAAUUGCAGUAUAGAGACUCCUGACUUUAUCGAAACUGAUAAUGAGUCUAAUUAUGAUGACAACUUAAAUUAUAACAAUCACUCCACUGAUAAUCAAAGUUCAAACUACUUUUCUGAUCUCAACUUUGAUAAUUCAUGUUUAAACGAAGACCAUGAAAAUAAUCUAAAUCCUGAGGAAACUGAAAAUAGUACUCUCUCCUCUGGAUUUGAUGAUUCUUGUUCUAUUGAUGACUGUGUUGAUCAGCUUAAAACACUGUUACUGUCCCUUAAGAACCUUAACAACCUAUACAUUAGUGAUAGGCUUAGGAAACACAAUGUGAUUUACGCUAGGAUAAGUCCCGUUAUUCUUGAAUUUAUUGAGUCUAAGUGUUUUCCUAUAAACUCUUUGAAAGACCUAACCAAAAAUUCUCCUUCAUUUUCUAACUCUUUUAAUUUAACUAACUUGAUUUUAGACUGCCCCGUGAAUUUAAACUUUAUUUUAGAGCUUGUUCCCCUAAUAAGGAACGUCAGAAACUUGGUGAUAUCCAGAAUUGUACAGGAGGAUUCUGAUUUAUCUAUUUGUUCUGUAAUUUCUGAACUUUUGGAACAAAUUCCCAAAUCUCAGCUCGAGUCAAUUCAAAUCGGCAAGUCGGUCCAGACUGUUAAAAGCCUGAAGAAUCCUUCCUUUUCUAGUGAAGCACGCGCUAGACAUAUCAAUAGACUUAGUUUGGCUUCUAAUCUUUUCCAUACUUCUGGUGAUUCUGAGGAAGGAGAUGAACUGGUCUUCCUUCUACUUUCAAAUCAUUCAAAUUCUCUAAAAAUUAUUAUUUUGGAGGAUAUAGAAAUCUCAUUUUCUGCUUUCAAUAAAAUUAGGAAUUUAAAGUCAGUUUUGGCUGAAUUUAUUGUUUUUUAG